AUGUAUCUCCGCGCAGUUCACGCAGAAACAUCGAUCAAGGCUCUCUUCGAGUUGAUCCAAAAGAACCCUCUUGGUGUACUCACUACCGCUAUCCCUUCGACUACUCAACAUUUCAUACAGUCUAGUCAUAUCCCAUGGGUACUAGACAUUAUCUCCGAUGACCCCGAUGCGCCAGUGAAAGGUCGUCUGCGCGGCCAUAUGGCCCGCCAAAACCCUCACAGCAAGACAUUCAUCGAAGCCCUGAAUGCUGCGGGCCUACCAUCUGCUUCGCCAUUGCAGCAAGAAGUUCAAGUUCUCUUCACGGCCAAUCCGCACCACUAUGUGACUCCUAAGUUCUACACUGAGACUAAGCCAGCCACGGCAAAAGUGGUCCCCACCUGGAACUACGCUGCUGUCCAGGUUCAUGGUAAGGCCACGAUCUACCACGAUAGCUCCUCUCCUGAGAGCGCGGAGUAUCUCCAGAAGCAGAUUCAAGAUCUCUCUGAGCUUUGUGAAACGUCUGUCAUGGGCUACACCGGAGAGGGAGGCCGGCCGGAUUCUUGGAAAGUGACUGAUGCGCCUGAGCGGUAUAUUGAUAUCAUGAAGAAGAACAUCGUUGGUAUUGAGAUCACCAUUGAGGAUAUCGGUGGCAAGUUCAAGAUGAGCCAGGAAUCGACCAAGGGAGACCGGGAGGGUGUGAUUCAGGGAUUCGAGAAUCUUGGAACAGAUGUUGGCCGGGAUGUGGCUGCGCUGGUUCGCGAGAGGGGGGAGAUGAAGGAUGCUGCUAAGAAAUAA